GUUUAAUAUGCUCAUAGUAUCUAUUGUGUACGAGGCGCAAAUCUAUGCGCGUCUUGAAAUAUUUCACUAUGUAGUAGGGGUACAUAAUAUUAUGCAUGCAGAUGGCUGUUCGUAAUAGUUCGUAUUAUGUUGACAUCAAAAAGAGAGGAACAAUAACAGGUUCGAUGUGACCUUAAUGUUACAAGGCUGUUGCUGUUACAUUUACACUUUUACAGUUUUGUAUGUAAUCAUAGAACGAUAUAAGUUUUAAAAGAUAAAAAUGGACGUCAACAAACUGGAAGAAGAAGAACUGUCGUACGAGUUAAAGUCCAGAGGCAUAGCAUCAAUGAACAAUGUAAACGAAAUGAGAAGUGUUUUGAGAGGGUUGUUGAAGAUCGAAGUAGAAGGUAAAUCGUUGAUGGUGACCAACAGCAAUGUUCCAUUAGAUGUGAAAAGCGAGGUGAAAACGUGUGUUAAAAAAUUACAAGUCAUCAACACAAUGAUCGACAACAUCAAAGGGGACAGGUACAGUGAACAAUAUAGAACAGUGGAUGCAAAAUUAUGUCAUUUAAUGAAUCGUGUAGAUAAAUUAAUGGUAACUGAACCGGAAGAUAAAAAAGACAGGUCUAAUUUGUUAAAAGGCAUAUUGUUCUUAAUGAGAAAAAUGGAAUCAAUGACAUCUAAUACAACCGUUAUUGAAACCAAUACAAAUGAAAAUGAUAACGCAGUUGGACCUGGUACUGUAGUAUUAUAUGAGAAAAACACUAUCACAGAAAUGAAUUCGACUUGUAGAAGUUCUGAAUCUACUACGUCCGAUGAAGAAUUUGGCACAGAAUAUUUUGUUCAACAAGGUGUAGCAAUAAAAAGCUUAAGUAAGUUACAUAAAGGAUCAAAAAGUCAUAAAAAUGCAGAGACUCAUUAUACAGGAUUAUUGAAAAUUAUGAAAUACAAAACUGCCAAGUUUAUUGAAUGGAAACCAACAGAAAUGUCUGUAUUUCCUGAUGCAGAUGAAUGGAAUAUAGUUGAUACUGGGUAUAAGCAAAUUGGUAAAAAUAAGAGUGAUCGUAAUAUUGAUAUAAAAAUUAACUUGGCAACAAUGAAAAGUUAUAAAAUGAAAAAGCAUAAAAAACAUCAAAUUUCAAUACUCCAGACUAAUGGUUCACUUGUCACAUUUUUAUUUGAAAGUUCUCCGAUAAAUGAUUUUGUAACAGCUUUGAAAACACUUCUUCAUACAGAAAAAGAAAUACGACACCACAGACCUACUGGUGUGAUUUUAGUACUUGGUGAAAGGCAAGAUUCUGAUCCUCUGUGUCAGUCAAUUAAAGAGUUAAAAAUAUUUCCGGAUCAACCACCUACAAGUACAGUUUGGAGUUUCAUUAGUGGAUUCCAAAACAAUCCUGUAGAAAAAACAUAUGAAACAUUUGCAAAAAUUAGUGAUGUUCUAUUGACUCGGACAGCAGAUACAAGACCAGACCAAGAAGUGGUAGAACUAUUAAAUAGAGCAGAAGAAGAUGAUGAAUACACCAUGGUAGAUCACCCUCCAUCGGUCUUACCACCCAGACCAAAAAUAAAGCCUAGAGGAAAUCCAUUAGACCAAACAACUUUUUAUCAAUCUAUGGAUAAUGAAGGACGUAUCAUUAAUGUAGAUAAAAUAAAAAACAUAAUUUUCUUUGGAGGUUGUGAACACUCAAUAAGACACGAAGUAUGGAAAUAUUUACUUGGGUAUUAUCCUUGGAAUUCUACCCGAGACCAACGUUUACUUAUUGAUAAACAACAGAAAAUUGAAUAUGAAAGAAUGAAAGUGCAGUGGAUGAAUAUGUCUUUUGACCAAGUAUCAAGAUUCAACAUGUAUAGAGACCGAAAAAGCCUAAUUGAUAAAGAUGUUUAUAGAACUGAUAGAACGCUUGAUUUUUAUGCCGGAGAAGAAAAUAAAAACCUUUCAAAACUUCAUAAUGUUUUAAUGACUUAUGUCAUGUAUAAUUUUGAUCUUGGUUAUGUUCAGGGUAUGAGUGAUUUAUUAUCACCAAUAUUGAUGAUAAUGAACAGUGAUGAAGUGGAAUCAUUUUGGUGUUUUGUGGGUUUUAUGAACAGAGUUAAUACAAAUUUUGAAUUAAAACAAACCGGCAUGAAGAAACAGCUAAAUGAUUUACACUAUUUAUUAACAACAGUUUCACCAAAACUGGAAAAUCAUUUAAAAAAAAUGGAUUCCAGCAAUAUGUACUUUUGCUUUAGAUGGCUUUUGGUCUUGUUUAAACGAGAAUUUGUUCAUUCUGAUAUUAUGCGUUUAUGGGAGGUACUGUGGACAGAUAUUCCAUGUGCAAAUUUCCAUCUCUUAAUAUGCGUAGCUAUAUUAGAUAAUGAGAAAGAUAUCAUAAUCAAUGAAAAUUAUGGACUCACUGAAAUCUUAAAACAUGUAAAUAAUUUAUGUGAAAAAAUUGAUUUGGAUAAAGCUCUAACAACAGCUUAUAGUAUUUAUGAACAGUUGAAAGAAGCACAGCCAUCAUUGCAAGAUUCAGUUAAUGAGCUACUUGGGUUCUCCAUAUCUCGCUCUGAUACAAUAUUGUCUAACAGUAAUCUUACAGAAGAUAAUUACGAAAAGGCUUUAUCAAUGAAUUAUGUAUAAUUAACAAUGACUAUUGUGCAGAAUUUAAAAUGACUGUGAUCAAAAUAAACUAUAUAAGCUCUUAAUUA